CAGACGCCCGCCACCGCGACGCCAAACAGCAAUUGAGCUUGCCAACAGCUCUAAAAGUCGAGAUGGGGGGCCGAACCGUGUCGCCCGGAGGGGCGCUGCUGAGAUCAUCCCGUCUGUUCUCAGUUCCCAAGCCCCUACCCGAGCCGUCAGCCACGAACCUGCACAUUAGCAACCACAAGUCCCCAACCAUGACACGACAAUACCCUCAGUACCAGUCCAUCACCUCACCCCUCUCCUCGCGCGAGAAGGGUGACUGGGGUUUCAAGCGACCUCUCCCUCUCAAGUCCACCAUGACGACAUCAACCCCCCUGAUCCGUGUCAAGCAGAUCGACUCCAUCGAGAACGUCACCGACUUCGCGUCAGCUGCAGACCACUCGUUGUCCCUCGAGAAGUUCCGUGAGCUUGGUGUUGCCGUCUCCAUCCCCAAGGGUAACGAGCGAGGAGCCGCGCCGGCUCGUUCCGACCACUGGCGCAAAUCGGUCUUCGAGGAGGAUAUGGAUUUCACUGUCUCCCGCGAAGGCAGGGCCGGUGACAAGCGAUGGAAGUUCAAUGGACCCUGGUUAGCCAGGAUGGCCGAGGGAGACUUCCUUGAGUACCUGGAGAAGAAAGUGCGACCCAAGCGCGCUCAGUUCCGACGCCUUCUCAAGGAUAAGCUCGCUGCCGACCAGACGGCGCAUCAGGCCACGAUUGCCAAGGAUCAGGGCAAGCCAGCGCCUCCCACCAUCCACCCCAGUGAUAUUACAGAGCAGGAGUUCACCAACUACGUACGGUCCCUACGCAGCGACCGCGCGACCCUCUAUGGGCUAGUUUCCAAAUUCCUGGACCUGGCUCCGCUAGGCCAGCCUGUUGGCAUCAUCCAGACAUUCUUGUCAACGGGCGACAAUGCUGCCGCCGAGAGCCCUUACGGAAAGUCUGGGCCGCCUCCCAGUCAUCCCUCUGCCGGUAUCAGCUACCUGCGGACUGGUUCGUACAUGGAGAACCACCCAGUCUACGGUCCUCAAGGACGACAUACACCCGUCAUGUCACGAGUCGUGUAUCCCAGAUCUGGGCCUGCUCCUGCCAAGUUGGGUGUUGGCGGUUUCGUUGCCGAUGCCCCCGCUGGUGACAACGAGUUUAACAUGAGACACAGUCGCACUCGAAUUGCUCACAACAAGAAGAUGCUUGCUGGCAUCCAACAUCUAGACACCAACACCUAUGGUGGUGCCAAGGCUUACGUGGAUCCCCAGUCUGCGAGCAUCGACCCCAGCGGCAAAGUCGUGCUACAACUCCGGGAGGCUGACCCUGAGUCUCAGCUCAUCGCCAAGGAGUACCAAGGUCGAGAGCAUGUGUACGUUGAGCAGCAGCGAUCUGCCCCCAAGCAGCAGACUCGCUCCGAGGCCGAUCCCUGGAGAGUGGGCCGUGUUACCGAUGAGAUUCUUGGAGAUGCUGUCCCGGCUUCCCAGGAAGGGAAGGAUGUCGUGGGCAGCUCCAGCAGCUAUGGCCUUGAUCGACAGCGAUGAGUGACGCGUUCAAGUCGACAUGAUUAGGCUUGGCGCGGUUGUAUAUCGAUAGCAUCCAUCUUCUGUACUAGAGGAGCCCUGUACCAAACUGUACAAGUAGAAUUGAAAGCAAAAAGUAACUUGGGAAUUCCCUGAUUGAAAUCUCCCUCUAGUUUUGCUUGCCCACCUAGCUCCGACAAGUCAAUUGCUCAUUGAUUCAUUCUUAUCGUCCAUUUACACUGAGAGGUUGGUUGAUAGAAG